AUGACCCAACAAAAGGUAGCGACCAGCCUCACCAACCUCACCGUGUGUUCCAGAGUGUUCUUCACGGCCUUGACUAAACUACAGGUCCUCUUCUCCUACGCCACUGCUGAUGACUUCUCCAACGCCCUUAUGAUGUACAUCAGGGACGGAGUUCAUUUCAUCCGCUACAACAACAUUCCGCAGACGAUCAUCGAGACCUUAGAGCUACCGACGGUGUUACGACAGUGGAGGUGCUACUGCCACGUCUUCUCCGGUGACACGUACACGGUCUACGUAGACGGCGUGGCCCUAGCUAGUAGCCCUAUCCAAGUGGACGACCGCGUCCUCCCCCUUAACGGCACCUUCGUGGUGGGUCAGGAACAAGAUAGUCUGUCAAUGAAGAUGAAUCGUCAACAGAUUCUGAAGGGUUACGUCACUCAGAUCAACAUGUGGAAUUAUGGCCUCUCUAGUCACGAGAUAGCGGCUGUAGCAAAUUGCUUCAGAAACAUCAUUGGUAAUAUUUUCUCUGCCGACUUAAACGAAGUGGAACUUAUAAAUGUCGAGGAAGAAAAGAGAUCACUUAAAAGUUUUUGCUUUAAGGAAGAGAAGUUCAUAAUUUUUCCAGAGAAACGAAUCUUUGUGGAAAGCACAAAGUUUUGCCGUCGAGUUGGAUCUCAACUGUAUGCUCCUCUAAACCGUGAAAUGAAUACACAACUGAAUGCCACUAUGGUGAAACUCGACAUCUGUGGCGGAGCCAUGAACAUGUGGAUCGGUGUGACUGAUGAAGAGGAAGAAGGAACUUGGAGACGUAUCACUGACGGUAAAGUGUUAGAGAACAUACCGUUCGCUGGUGGCCAGCCUGACAACACGAGGGCAGAGAACUGUAUGAUGAUGGUCGGCGAUGAAGGAAGUUGGGCGGACUUUAAAUGUUACGAAAAAAACGAAGCUUGUGUCUCUUGUGAGGAACGUCCAGGAACGACGCUCUAUUUGAGAGGUACCUGCCAAGACAUGAGGACCAGUACCAUGUUUGAGAAUCUCGGGUACUACUCACAAAAGCCGUAUUUUCACGGUUUUCACGGAUAUAUGAUACGAAAGUACGACAGCAAAAAAUGGAUACUUCAUAACACUGAGACUAACUCGACUCUGGCGUACCUGAGUCUGGCAUCCAGUGAUCAGUAUCCUUUAGGGAGACAAAGGUGGUCACUGGCAGCUCCCAUAUGUCAUCAGCCAGAGGGGAGUGAACGUGAUCUCAGUUUAUCUAUAUGUGAGGCGGGACAAUACAUGUGUGACGACGGGCAGUGCAUCGACCUGGCCGCUCGCUGUGACGCUAAGGAUGACUGUGAUGAUGAGACGGACGAGGACAACUGCUCCAUCCUCCAGAUUCCCGCAGGAUACCGGAGCUUCAAACCUCCCAAGAACAUAGCCAACGCCUCACAGCCACUUCAGCCUCACAUUAUAUUUAAGUUCCUACGCUUCCUAAACAUUGCCGACGUCCAACAAGCGAUUCAUCUGGAGUUUAUCGUCACAAUGAGUUGGAUGGACUCCCGACUCAAGUAUCGUAACCUCCGCUCUAUCAUACACGCCAACAAGCUUUCCAGUGAGGAGAAGGGCAGUAUCUGGAGGCCCGAGCUGGAGUUUCCCAACGUCAAAGAUGGACAGUUGAAUCUCCUCAAGGAGAAUGUUUUCGUACAGAAGGUGGAUGACUCGCUGCCUGUUGACUUUAACGUGGUCAAUAUGGACAAAAUGUACGGAGGAUCUGCUGCCCUCAUUAUCCAACAUCAACACUACAGCGGCAGCUUCGUCUGUACCUUCGACGUCUUCUACUACCCAUUUGAUGUGCAGCGGUGCGGGGUGAUGGUGCAGCUGUCCUCACUGAGUAAAGAGCUGGUUGCCUUCACCAAGAGCAGAGCGAAGGUGGAGUACGACCAGGACAAGAAUCUCCCCACCUACAUAAUCAGUGACUUCUACGCCCAUCACAAAACAAAUACCAACAGGGAGAGUCUACUGGAGGUGGGGUACACACUAACGAGGCGCUACACCCUGAUAGUACUCUCGGUCUUCAUGCCCUCCACCAUGCUGCUCACCAUCGGCUACUCUACACUCUACGUUAAAGUCCAGCUGCUGCAGGUUCGUCUAGUAGUCAGCCUAACGACUCUCUUGGUGCUCUACACAUUCUUCAACCAGACGUCUUCCUCGUUGCCUCAGACGGCGUACGUCAAGAUGAUCGACGUGUGGUUCUUCUCCUGCACCAUUCUCCUCUUCGUGAUCAUCAUUGUCCACGUCUUCGUCGAGUGUCUGGAGUCAGAGGCCAUGAUUCGUGUAGGGCCAAAGUUUUCCCCGUUGCCUUCGAGGUUGACGCCAGAUCGACUGUUGCGCCUCUUCCGCUUGGUGCUGGUGCCUGUCGCGGCGUUCGUCUUCACUGUUGUCUACUUCACUAUGCUCUUAACAUAGUCCUGCGCUCGCUUAUGGUGGACAUUGAUUUAAAUGUAUUAUAUGGAGGUUUCAUAUCUAACGGACCUCAAUAUAGUGGACUACUCUCCCAAAUACUCUGUCAUAUGGAGGUUACAUACCUAAAGAACCUCAAUAUAACGGACUAUUCCCUCCCUUAUUUGUCAGUCAAACAGAAGUCACUGUAUAACGUUCCCCUAACCGAACUCUCAAACUCUGGUUUUAGAAGUAUGACUAGCUUGUCUCUUCUAAAAACCUUAAGUUUAAAGGUAUGAACUUAACCUGUAUCAUCCAUCGUUUAAACUUCAGAUACAGCAGAUGUAAACUUGGAUUAAAAAAAACAAUAUUUACAUCUUGUAGUUCAGAGAAUAAGAUUAUACGACUUCUCAUAUUAAUCGAAAUUCGAGUGAUAUUAUUAAUCAACCUUUUCGGACUUUUAUUUUUCUUUAGUCUCACCUUUGUUGUGGUAUUAAAUCAUCCCUUAAUAGGUUAUCAAAGACAUAAUUGUUCUAGAGUUAAAACAUCCUGUGUGAACAAUUUACCAUCUCUCAUACACUACC